AUGAAGGAGAGACACAGGAUAUUGCUGCUGUCUGGGCUAAUACUGUUUUCAUUUUACUUUGUCUAUGAUAUCCCAUCUGCACUGGGCCGCCACAUAGACUUUAAUUUGGGAUCUAAUAUCGAGUACAAGAUAACCUUGCUCUACUCCGUGUAUUCACUGCCGAACAUAGUUGUCCCUGUGUUUUUUGGGUGGAUCACGCACAUAAGAAAGUCCACGAUGGCGAAGCUUCUGUGCAUCUUUGUUUUCCUCGGGCACCUGAUUUUCACUGCAGGCAUUUGGAGCCAUAGCUUUAAAACCAUGCUUGCUGGGAGAUUUCUGUUUGGAAUCGGAGGGGAAAGCUUUGCCGUUAUCCAGAACAAGCUGAUAUCCUACGAAUUCAAGGGGAAGGAACUGGGCUUUGCAAUGGGGAUUUUCUCUUCUGUUGCCAGGCUGGGCACGGUGGCAAACUUCCUUCUUACCCCGUUCCUCGCAGAUACAAUGGGCAGAAUGUUUCCGUGCUUGGUUGGGGUAUUACUGACUCUUCUGGGUCUUUGGAUGUGCUUCGAAGUAAACAGCUCCGAAAGGUCACACAAAGUGCUGAAGCAGAAGCUCAUCGACCUUCAGAGUCACGGGCUCAGCGAUGAUGUGGCCGACGGAAAGAUGCAUCUUGAGGAGGGCUUUCUUGGCGAGCCCAGUCUGAUGACGUCCUCUGAGAGCAUCCAGCUUACUCCCAAAGGUACGUCUGGCACUCUUGACAUGCCUGAAAACCCAUUUUUCGAUGACUACAGCAAGGCCAAGGCCAGAGAGCCUUGCAACAACCCGGUUCUUUUUGAAAAUCCAUUCUCUCCCUGGAAGGGCGACGCUGGGGAGGCUGCGACAGUCAAGAGCAGGCUUGAAAAGGCAAGGCCAAAGGUGCUUUUUGAGGAGUCCGGCAUGCUGUUUUAUGAGCCAAGGCUCGAGGGAAGGAAUACGUACUAUCCGGCAUUUUAUGUACUUGUUGGAAUGUCAUUUCUAUUUGCCUUGGUGUGGGCUCCGUUUUACACUGUAGCCCCGAUGCUAUUUCAGAAGAGAUACGGCCUGUCUGCAGUCUCAUCGGGAAACAUCCUGGCAACCAUUGAGGGAAUAUCCCUGGUGCUGAUUACAUUCACAAGCGCAAUUUCAGAUGUGUACGGAUUCAAGCUAUGGCUGAUUGCAAGCGGGUGCAUUCUAUUUCUUCUCGGGCACUCUGGGAUAUUCUUCAGCUUCCUGUCUCCAUACACAUCGGCUACUUUCCUAGGGCUUGCAGGGCCCCUCAUAGCCUGCUAUUGGCCAUGCAUCCCGUCUCUGGUAUCCGAAGAGUCUUUGGGCACUGGAUUUGCCACCAUAUAUUGCAUUUUGAACCUGGCAUUUACCUUUUCUCCCAUUAUUGUUGCAUUCCUUGCAACCGGGGACCACUCUUAUGACAAUGUCGAGGCCUACAUACUGAUUAUAGGACUGAUGGCCUUGACUCUGGUUGGGAUCCUCUUCUACCUGAACAAGAAACAGUCGUUAGGAUUGAAUAGAAAAGCACCUAUGGAGGCAGAGUAG